UCAAAUCAUCUAUACAUUGGAACCGCAUUCGUCGUUUGCAUCACAUACUUAUCAACGGUUGAGAUUUCAUCCCAUUCAUAAAACUACCUGGAUCUCUUCUGCCAUGGCGAACAUCCCGUGAUUGGUGGUGACACCAACUCCCUGUUAAAAUAUCCCCUCUUCCAUCUUUCCAAUCUAACCCCCUCCCCCAUUUUUCUCACUCCUAACCUUCAAAGCUAAAAAGCCCCCGUCACUUUCUCUCCCUCAAAGCUCAGCUCAACCAAUGGCGCCGCCACCGCCGUCGCUGCUUCUAGUUGUUCUCUUCUUGCUCUCCCCCACCGCAUUGCUUUCGGAGUCAAGGUUAAGCUUAGAUUACUACUCCAAAACCUGUCCAAGUUUCAACAAGAUCAUGCAAGAAGCUAUUACCGACAAGCAAAUCAACAACCCCACGACAGCCGCCGGAACACUCCGUCUUUUGUUCCACGACUGCCUCCCCAAUGGCUGCGACGGUUCCAUCCUCAUCUCUUCAACUCCAUUCAACAAAGCCGAACGUGACGCCGACAUCAACCUCUCCCUCCCCGGAGAUCCAUUCGACCUCAUUGUCCGAGCCAAGACAGCCCUCGAACUGUCGUGUCCCAACACAGUCUCUUGUUCCGACAUCCUCGCGGUGGCCACACGUGACCUUGUGACCAUGCUCGGCGGCCCCUACUAUAAAGUAUUUUUGGGUCGGAAAGAUUCGAGAUCUUCUCAAGCUUCUUCAAUAGAAGGGAAACUGCCAAAACCCACCAUGAGCAUGUCACAGAUAAUCAACCUUUUUGCGGCAAGUGGGUUCAAUGUUCAAGAAAUGGUGGCCUUAAGUGGAGCACACACAAUUGGGUUUUCACAUUGCAAAGAGUUCAGCUCUAAUCUUGGGAACAAUACCCAUUACAAUCCAAGGUUUGCUCAAGCAUUGAAACAAGCUUGUUCAGGUUACCCAAAGAACCCGACUUUGUCUGUUUUCAACGAUAUAAUGAGUCCCAACAAGUUUGACAACUUGUAUUAUCAGAAUCUACCAAAGGGUUUAGGGCUAUUGGAAUCAGAUCAUGGGUUGUAUAAUGAUCCUAGAACAAAGCCUUUUGUGGAACUGUAUGCAAAGGAUCAAAACAAGUUCUUUCGAGAUUUUGCUAGAGCUAUGCAGAAGCUUAGUGUUUAUAGGAUCAAAACUGGGAGAAGAGGAGAGAUUAGGCGUAGGUGUGAUGCUGUUAAUUGAGGUGUUUGUUUGUUAAAUUUGGCUUCUUUUUACUGAUUUCUUUCUGGGUUUUUGAAAAGAUGUAUACUCUUUUUGUGUU